AUGCGUCAAGUUAUUUCCUCAUCAUUAUUCACAGGAGCUUCAUUUUCAGUGAAUACAGAACAUUUAAUUGAUGCUAUUAAAUCGAUUCCGGGUGCGAUCGCUAUUUAUCCAAUCUACUUUGCAUCUGGUCCGCAAUAUUUCGAGAACUACUGGCCCAUUGGUAGAAAAAGUGACAAUCAAAGUGAUUCAAUAAGUGCACACAAAUUAACAGGUGUUGAUCGAGUUCAUAAAGAAUUGAAAAACUUUGGUAAAGGCGUUCGGAUAGCUAUUAUUGAUAAUGGUAUCGAUUAUUAUCAUCCAGCUCUUGGAGGUUGUUUUGGUCCAGAUUGCAAAGUUGCAUUUGGCUAUGUUGGAGACGAAUUUAGUGGAUCGCAUAUUAUACCUGAACCUGAUGAUGAUCCACUCGAUAAUUGUACACAUAUUGCUGGAAUACUUGCUGCAAAUGCAACAGAAAUAGUACAAACCAAUUAUAGCCCUCUAGAACCAUUUAUCGGUGUUGCUCCACAAGCAACUAUUGGAGCAUAUCGUAUUUUUGGAUGCUCCGAAAAUGGUACUACUACAGAUCUCAUUACUGCAGCCAUCUAUCGUGCUUUUGAAGAUAAAGCUGAUAUAAUUACAAUGUCUGUUGGCAGCAUGGGCAGUUAUGCAGAGAGAUCAGAUGCAGUUGCUGUCAAACGAGUAUCCAAAGCGGGAGUUUAUGUCGUAUGUUCGAUGGGCAAUGACGGAAGAAAGGGUCUUCAAACGGGUGCAAAUCCAGCUAUUGCUAAAGAUGCCAUUGCAGUUGGAUCAGUAGAUAAUUCGUAUGAAGCCCAAUUAUACUUGAUAACACCGAAUGGCGAAAAAAUUUUUUAUAUACCCGGAAUUGCGUAUGGUGGGUGGCGAUCGACGAUAUGCUCGACUAUUGUUGUUAAUGAUCCACAAGCUACAUCGAAUGAUGGCUGCUCUGGUCCAUCUAAACCAGUUGAAGAUGCUGUUGUUUUGUACGCAGUUAGUCGAGCAGAUACUUGCAACUCUACUGUUCGAUGUAAUAAAGCAGCAGAACAAGGCGCCAUUGGCUGUCUUCUAUAUAAUAUCGAUUCUAUAAUAGGUUCUUCUGUUAUUCCGAGUGGAAGUAUUAGUUUAGAGGAUGGUCAAAGCAUCAUUAAGAUAGUGACAGAAAACUCAUCAGCAAUUUUUACGUUCACCAAUAUGCUUGAAUUUAAUCCAAUGUUGACAGUUGGAGCACCUUCUCCAUUUACAUCCCUCGGUCUUACAAGUGAUUUAUUAUUCAAACCUCAAAUAAGUGGCAUUGGCGGUUAUGUUUACUCAACUAUUUCAUCUUAUGCUGCUCAAAAUCAAUAUUUGACGAAUGCCUACGCUUCCUAUUCAGGUACAAGUAUGGCAUGCCCCUAUGUUGCAGGAACUCUAGCACUCUAUCUUUCACAAAUCGGUAAUCCAGCACCCGAAACAGUCAAUAAAGCGUUCAAUAACGGUACUACUCAUCGUCCUUCAAUCUCUGAAGUUCUCAACUUAUUUCAAUCAAAUGCUAAUCCAGUCAAUAUUUACAAUUCCACUCUUCUGGCUUCAACUGUUCAGCAAGGUGCUGGAUUAGUAAAUGCUUUUCAAGCACUAACAGCUACGACAAUCAUUUCACCAAGUGAACUUGCAUUGAAUGAUACAACUGUUCAUAUUUGGCCAGAAUAUUUUCAACUUGAUCCUGGGCAAUCACGUACAGUUACACUUAAAUUUCAUGCAUCUGAUGGAGCAAAUCCGAAUUUUCUUCCAAUUUAUUCAGGCUUUAUUGAUGUAGCAAAUGAUGUUGAUGAAAAAGUUGUUCAUGUUCCAUAUGCUGGUGUUGUUGGGAAUUAUAGCGAUGCACGUAUUUUAGUGCGCAAUAAUCCACAAGGAUUCAUUACGGGUAUUGUAGGUGAUGAUGGAUAUUAUAUCACAGAUGGACAAGAAUUGAAUAUUACAGCUGCGGGUGUUUUUCUAAUUAUACUGGUUACAGCGUGGGCUUCACGUACCAUUUUAGUAGAAGUUGUUUCAGCAGAAAAUAAUGGUCUACCUGAACUUGAUUUGAAUCAUGGAAUGUUGUUCGAUCCUCUUCAACGCAAACCAUUAUAUUUCGUGAAUGUACCGAGAAACGGGGCUACAGGAUUCAGCGAGUCGUACGAAGAAUAUUCUUUGUAUUUAUGGUCUGGACUUGUUGCUCAAGUGGUUACAAUUCAAAAUGAUUUGUUUUUGCGUACAACAAGACUCGCUCCUGGUCGUUAUAAACUUCGAUUUUCGGCUCUUAAAAACUUUGGAGAUUAUAGAAAUGAUAAUGACUAUGAAGUUUACUAUACACCAUCAUUCAAUUUCGUCUAUUAG